GUCGUGCCGGAGCCCGGACGCCGGUUUUAGUUUGUGGUUUUACAGAAUAUAGUUACGUGCUCUUCUAAAGAUAAAAUGUUUAACAUUCUUCUCGCAUUCGUGGCUAUCCUCUUAACCUACGUCUUCUACAAGUACUUCCAGGACAUGCAGAGUCUUCCACCAGGACCCUGGGGUCUUCCCAUCCUGGGGUCUCUCCUGAAGAUAUCCCCCAAGGAACCCUACUUGAGUCUCACUGUCCUAGGGCAGCAGUACGGUCCUGUCUACAGCAUCCGUCUCGGUCGUCUCUUGGCAGUCGUCAUAACAGAUCCGAAGAUCAUCCGUGAAACAUUGGCAAAAGAAGAGCUCAGUGGUAGAGCCGACUUGUACCUCACCCAUGGGAUCAUGAAGGGAUAUGGAAUUAUCUGCGCCGAAGGAAAACUAUGGAAAGAGCAGAGAUCAUUUGUGAUUUCGACUUUAAAAAAUCUCGGCAUGGUAAAAAUUGGUCCGAAGAGACAGAUUCUACAAUCCAGAAUAAUGGAAGGCAUUAUAGAGACAAUUGAACACGUGAAGACCGAGAGUGGUCGGGAGGUAGAUGCCAGCAGAAUUCUUCUUCAUAACGUUGGCAACGUCAUCAACGACUUGGUGUUUGGUCAUCGAUGGUCUUGGGACGACCAGACUUGGCAAUGGCUUCAACAUUUGGCCGACGAAGGAGUUAAGCACAUCGGAGUGGCCGGGCCGCUAAACUUCCUACCCUUCCUAAGGUUCCUACCGAAAUACAAGAAGACAAUGGAUUUCUUGGUUGACGGAUUGCAGAGGACUCACAAGGUCUAUCAAGAGCUAAUAGAAGCACAUCCUGACGACAAAACUGAGAAUGUCGUAGCUGCAUUUCUGAAGGAACAGAGAGCUAGAGGGUUAGAUGUGGGAAGCUUCACUCAAACUCAGUUCCACUACCUCCUUGCAGAUCUUUUCGGAGCUGGAGUUGACACUACUCUCACAACCCUGCGAUGGUUCCUCAUCUAUGUGGCCGUUCAUCAGGAUAUCCAGAAAAGGAUCCAACAUGAUCUCGACCAAGUGUGCAAAGAGGCUCCAUCCCUCUCGGACAUUCCUGUCCUCCCUUACCUACAAGCCGCCAUCGCCGAGUCCCAGCGGAUCAAACCUGUAGUUCCUACAGGAAUCCCUCAUGGAACACUCCAGAACACAUGUAUAGCUGGAUACAGAGUUCCUAAAGGGACUAUGGUUAUGCCUCUCCAAUGGGCUGUCCACAUGAGUCCGAAUUAUUGGAAACAGCCUGAAGUCUUCAACCCAGAGAGGUUCUUGGAUAGCGAGGGGAAGUUCGUCAAACCAGAAGCUUUCAUGCCUUUUCAAACUGGCAAGAGGUCCUGCGUUGGCGAAGAGCUCGCAAGGAUGAUCGUUUUCCUCUACGCCUCAAAUCUUCUCUUCAACUUCACAGUGGAAAUUCCUGCAUCUUGUGAGAAUCCCUUAGAGUCUGAGUGUGGUAUCACCUUGAUCCCAACCCUUAGGAACCUCAUCUUUCAUCCUAGACGUUGAGAAGAAAAUAAUAAAUUUGAAGGAAGCCAGAAUGAACUAAAUGGAGAUCCACGAAGAAAAGUGUUUAACCAAAUACAAAUCAAGCAAAGAAAAUUAUUACCAAAAGUUAUAUUCAACAUUCAAGAAGAAUUAAC